AUGUCUUUGAUGAGCCUCUGGCGCCGCUAUCGUGUUGUAAUAAUUUUCCCAACUUUAACUAUCAGUAGUAUUGCUGCAGAUUUAUCGCACACCCGCAAGUGGAAACUGCGCCAGCAGAGGCUCGAAUAAAAUGGUAUUCGGAAUUACGAAACAGUACAUUUUGGCUAUCAUACCGAUGGCCGGGUUUGGUUUCGGCUGGUUUCUGGACAAUAAGGAAACCGAACGCAUGACGAUGUUUCGUGAUAAAAGCGCGUUGUACGGUAGGGUAUUAAAGGAAGGUGAGAGCCCCUCAUGGCCGUAAUAGUGAUCGUUAAUUAUGAUAGUAUGAAAUAUACUGGUUAAUCUCUAA